CCUCGCUCUCGCUCUCGCUCCUCGCCGCCCUGUCUCUUCAACCCCCUCGUUUGGCCCUGGCCGACCCUGGCCAAAAGGCCAGAGAUUCUGCGUUUUUGUCCUCUUUUCCCUGCACCCGAGGCAUCUCGACUCUUCGCCCCACUCCCACACACCGCUCUGCUCACCCGUCCCCCUAUCCAUCCCCACCUCUGAACAAUGGCCGCUGAGAAAGGAGCACGCGAAGACCAGGUCUACAUGGCCAAGCUCGCUGAACAGGCCGAGCGCUACGAUGAAAUGGUCUCUUACAUGAAGGAAGUCGCCAAGCUCGGCGUCGAGCUCACUGUUGAGGAGCGAAACCUGCUCUCUGUCGCCUACAAGAACGUUAUCGGUGCCCGCCGUGCCUCCUGGCGAAUUGUUUCCUCCAUUGAGCAGAAGGAGGAGAGCAAGGGCAACGAGUACCAGGUCAAGAAGAUCAAGGAGUACCGCAACAAGAUUGAGGCUGAGCUCAACAAUGUCUGCACCGACAUCCUUGACGUCCUCGACCAGCACCUCAUCCCCUCUGCCGAGGCCGGCGAGUCCAAGGUCUUCUACUACAAGAUGAAGGGUGACUACCACCGCUACCUCGCCGAGUUCGCCACCGGUGACAAGCGCAAGGAGGCCGCCAACUGCGCCCACGAUGCCUACAAGUCCGCCACCGACAUUGCCCAGACCGAGCUGGCCCCCACCCACCCCAUCCGCCUCGGCCUUGCCCUCAACUUCUCGGUCUUCUACUACGAGAUCCUGAACUCACCCGACCGUGCCUGCCAUCUUGCCAAGCUCGCCUUCGACGACGCCAUUGCCGAGCUUGACACUCUCAGCGAAGAGUCAUACAAGGACUCGACUCUCAUCAUGCAGCUCCUGCGUGAUAACCUCACUCUCUGGACCUCGGAUCUCCAGGAUGGUGAUGGUGCCGACAAGGCCGACGAGGCCAAAGAAGGCGAUGCCGAUGAGGCGAAGUAAGGCAAGCAAUCAACACAAAAGGAUCAUAAAAUAAAAGAAAAGAUGGAGUUCCAAUAAAACGGAUUGUAUAAACUUUUAGCCCAUUUUUUUCUCGCAUCACUUUCCCUCUAUCCUUUGAUGUUUUCUCUCACCCCUUGCCUCACCUCAACCAUCUUGCGCUUUCUGGAUUGCUUCAACCUCUUUGAUAUUCCCUCCUCCUCUCCCCAUCUUCCUUUCCUUGCUUUUCGACACAACUUCAGUCUCUUGAUGGCCUUCGCACCCUUCCUCAAGCUCUUCAGCACUUUUCUCCCGCUACCAAACCCUCCCGAAGGCCGUCUCAGCUCUGUUUGAAUCUUGUACUUGCUCUUGUGGUUUCGUGAAGAGUUUGCAAUACACCGAUUUUGAGCUCUCAUGAA